UUCAAAGGAUUGCAACGUGACGGCGCAACAGAAGUCUCGAUUCUCGAGUUCUCGACCAAAGAUUCAUUCCGACCUCUAUUGGAUAUUUCUCUGGUCACUCACUGUCAGCAUCAUUUUCUUAUUUCUAUACCCUACGCGACCCAGGUAGGUACAGAACCAUAUUAUCACUUUCAUUUCAGUAGGGGAGAACCGCAAUUACUUCACUUCUUCCCCACUACCCCCUCGUGCAAUUCCCAAAACAGCGACCAAUCCCAUCUGCGACCUGCUUCUCCCCUCUUGCACCGCGGAUAGCUGACACCUUUUUGUGUGACGAUUAGACACCGAGCUCACUGUUCCCCUCAUUCAUUACCUAUUGAGUAUUUGAUCUAUUUGUCCUAACACCUUAUCUCCCACCUAAGACACUAGGACCCGCCUCCCGGAUCUUCUAAUCCUCCGAGCUCCAAGGAGCAGCGAGUGGAGCCCAAGAUGGGUCUCUUUAGCAGGAAGCAAUCGAAGCAACCUUUAUCUUCGACCGACGACUCGAAAUCUAUCCAGUCCAACCGUUCUUCUUCUCACAAAUCUCCCCUCUCAUCGAUCAACGGACAGCAAUUCGGUAUGAAGAGCCAGAACCUCCUCGCGGAGAUCCCAGACAUUCCUCUCCCGAGAGCACCGGAUCCGUUGAUUGAUCCGGUGAAGUACUUGAAGAGUAUCUAUGCGGUCCGAGAGCGGACCCGGUUGGUGUUGGAGACGGCGAAGAGGAACCAGCUGAAGCAUUUCACGGUGGACUUGGGAAAGUUCGACGAUGCCGUUUCUUACGUGGUGGCUAUCAUCAAGCGCGAUUACGGCUCCGACUUCGCAUCAAUACCUCCCCACGGAAGAUGGCAGCAUUUCGACGUCGGCGGCCGUCCGCGCGUUGAUCAAAUGAUGCAAACCUGGCCCCUGUCCAUCGACGCUCUCGAGCGGUGUCGACGCCUCAUCGACCUCUUCGUCGUGUCGGUCCUUCUCGACGCCGGAGCGGGGUCGAAAUGGCAAUACAAAAGCAAGGAGAACAGCCGGAUCUACCGACGGAGCGAGGGUCUGGCCGUAGCGAGCUUGGAGAUGUUCAAGGCCGGCGUGUUCAGCAACAAUCCGGAGCAACCGUUCCAGGUCGAUAGCGAGGGCUUGAGCAGAAUCACCGAAGCGGCCAUGCGGAAAGGAUUGCAGGUCACUGACCAGAACCCGAUCGAUGGCCUCGAAGGACGAACUCAGCUCCUCAUCAAACUAUCCGAUGCGCUCCAGAACCAGGCCAUCUUCGGAGUGGAUUCAAGACCCGGCAACAUGCUCGAUUACCUCCUCAGCCACCCGACCACCCAUGCCUCCUCCGUCCCAAUCAUCCCCCUCCCAACCCUCUGGGACCUCCUCAUGGACGGCUUAGGCCCCAUCUGGCCGCAAACCCGCACCCACAUCGACGGCGUCCCCCUCGGCGACGCCUGGCCCUGCAGCAUCAUGCCCUCGCACCCCACCCACCCCUGGGAAUCCAUCGUGCCCUUCCACAAGCUCACGCAAUGGCUCUGCUACUCCAUCAUGGUGCCUAUGACCAAGCUCCUCCAGGUGCAUUUCGCCGGCGCGGAGCUCCUCACCGGCCUGCCCGAGUACCGCAACGGCGGGCUGUUCGUUGACACCGGGCUGAUGACCCUCAAACCGGACGAGACGCAGCGCGGGCUCGAGCAGUAUCGCGCGAACGCGGAGAGGCUGGGUCAGCCGAGCAUGGAAGUCGUGCCGAUGUUCACUGCGGACGACGACGUCAUCGUCGAGUGGCGCGCCGCUACCGUGGGGUUCCUGGAUGAGCUGCUUAUCGAGGUGAACAAGAUGCUUGGGUUGAGCGGCAGUGAUUGCCUCUCCUUGGCGCAGAUGCUCGAGGCGGGGAGCUGGAAGGGUGGCCGUGAAUUGGCCGAGGUCUCGCGACCGAACACCAAAGAACCGCCGAUUAUGAUCUUCUCGGAUGGGACGGUCUUCUAAGCCAGGAUGGAGCAGCUACCCAUAAAAUUCUGGUCGU